CAUUUGAGCUUUAGUGCAAAUUUUGCCGUUUUUUAUCAUGUCGUGUUUACUUUCAUAUCAUACUCCGAUUCAUAAACUCUUUCGAUAACAUAGUCGACAGUACGAAUAUGCAAUUCGACUGUUACGAAUAAUUAAUGAAUCGGAGCACGAUACAAAUAAAAUAAAACUGAGUACGAAAUAGCCAAAAAAUACCUACCUCCUCCUUCUUCCCUCCAAAGCUUCAAAGCUCCCACCUUUCUCCUUCUUCAACACCCGACCCUCUUGAAAAUGCUGCUCUGCAAAGCCCUAGUUCAGUCCCCGGGCACCCCACUUCUCCGGAGCCGCCCUUCUCGACUGCCGCCUCCUCUGUUCCUGAGCCCACCUCGCUUCUUCUUCAAACCUCACACUGCCCGUGCCCCUCUCCCGUUAAGGGCCGAACCUUUGCAUCUUACUCGCUGCAUCAGCAGCCAGGGCCAUGGGGUUGUCGAGCAGGAAGAACCCGGAACCGAAACAGUCGGCGGUGGGGGUGAUGAUUUUGGGUCGUCUGAGGAGAAGGAGGAGGAGGAGGAGGAGAGGGGGGCGGAGACGGGAGAGGAGCUGGCGGAGCAGGGGUUGUUGAAGCAGAUGAAGGAGAUUGUCAAGUUCGCCGGGCCCGCUACGGGGCUGUGGCUUUGUGGGCCGCUGAUGAGUCUCAUUGACACCGCCGUCAUUGGACAGGGAAGCUCCCUUGAGCUCGCGGCUCUUGGUCCAGCGACGGUUCUCUGUGAUUAUAUGAGCUAUAUUUUUAUGUUCCUCUCAGUUGCUACUUCCAAUAUGGUUGCAACCUCAUUGGCACAACAGGACAAAGACGAGGUGCAGCAUCAAAUAUCAGUCUUACUCUUUGUUGGGUUGAAUUGUGGCUUGUUGAUGCUUCUUUUCACAAAAUUCUUUGGCUCAUGGGCAUUAACUGCUUUUUCUGGCCCAAAAAAUGUACAUAUUGUGCCUGCUGCAAAUACGUACAUUCAGAUUCGAGGCAUAGCAUGGCCUUUUGUCCUCAUUGGAUGGGUAGCUCAAAGUGCGAGUCUCGGCAUGAAAGACUCAUGGGGACCUUUGAAGGCGCUUGCAGCUGCCAGUGCUGUGAAUGGCAUCGGUGACAUCAUCCUCUGCACCUUCCUAGGUUAUGGCAUUGCAGGCGCAGCAUGGGCCACAAUGGUCUCACAAGUUAUUGCAGCUUACAUGAUGAUUGCAGCUCUUAACGAGAAAGGGUACAAUGCUUUUGCAUUAUCUGUUCCAUCAGCUGGUGAACUCGUCUCCAUUAUCGGGCUUGCAGCUCCUGUCUUCAUCACUAUGACGUCAAAGGUGGCCUUCUACUCACUCCUUAUAUAUUUUGCCACAUCUAUGGGCACGAUUACUGUGGCCGCUCACCAGGUCAUGCUUCAAACGUUUAGCAUGUGUACAGUGUGGGGUGAGCCUCUGUCUCAAACUGCUCAAUCUUUUAUGCCUGAGUUGAUAUAUGGACAGAAGCGAAGCUUAGAAAAGGCUAAAACGCUGUUAAAGUCUCUGGUGAUCAUUGGAGCUAUACUUGGAGUAACCUUGGGAAGUGUUGGAACCUUCAUUCCUUGGUGCUUCCCCCGUAUCUUUACAUCUGAUCACGAUGUCAUUCGAGAGAUGCAUACGGUUCUAAUUCCAUAUUUCAUGGCGUUAUCUGUGACGCCGCCCACACAUAGCCUCGAGGGUACAUUGCUGGCUGGACGAGAUCUCAAGUUCAUCAGUGCAUCGAUGAGCGGAUGCCUUGCUUGGGGUGCUCUUCUACUAAUGCUUGUGAGCAGUAAAGGUUUCGGUUUAAUGGGUUGCUGGUUCGCCCUCUCGGGAUUCCAAUGGGCUCGGUUUUUCAUUGCCCUUCGGCGCCUCAUUUCCCCCAACAGUUUCUUGAACUCAGACUGUAAACUCGAGAAGCUUAGAGCCGCUUAGCUCAUUACAAUCAUAGUGCAGAUGGUAGUGCCAGGAUAUUAGCUUAGCUUAGCUCCCUUUUUGCAAGCAAGCAAGCGAUCUCUCUUGCUCUUGGAUACUCCAUUAAUAGAUUGGUGCUGGAAAUGGAGAUAGCCAGAUAGGGUUCUUUCAUCGAUUCUUUCCUGCCUAAACGUGGCAAAUUAAACUCAUGAAGCAGGGCAUCUGUCGAUUCACGCCGCUGCAGUUUACAGAUUGUUGGGAGCUACACUUAGAAUUGUAAGUAUAAUUAUUGCCCAUGAUGUUACUUAAUACAGAGGGUAGACUUCUGUAAUUCUAAUGGCCCUUUUGUUUUCA